GUCAUUUUGAUUAGACGUUACAAACAAGUGUUUAUAGCCUGUUGUCUGUUUGUUUUGUGUUUAAGUAUUUUUAUGUUUAUUUAAAUAUUUUUAUGCCACAAUUUGUAAUAAACUGUAGUUAUCCUAAAACGUUUGUAAAUAUGAAAUUAAUGUUCGGAAUAGGACUGAUUUGCGUUCUAAUUUUGGUGCAAGAAGGUUCAUCAAUCAAGUGUUGGGAUUGCCGUUCAGAUGCUGAUCCAAAAUGUUCAGAUCCUUUUGAUAACACCACCUUUGCUAUAACUGAUUGUAAGACUCUGAAAGAAUUGGACUACCUCCCUAAUAUUAGACCAACAAUGUGUAGAAAGAUCCGUCAGAAAGUAAACGGGGUAUGGAAAUACAUAAGAAGUUGUGCGUAUCUUGGAGAGCCAGGCAUUGAAGGUGACGAACGAUUCUGCUUGAUGCGAACCGGAACUUACAAUAUCUUCAUGGAAUACUGUACAUGCAAUACCAAAGAUGGAUGUAACACCUCAUCCCUACUGAAAGUAUCACCGGUGCUUGUUUGUGGCUCUAUUUUUUUCUUCAUUUUGAAAGCUUUGAGCUGAUAUUUUUGAGAUUACUGAUACGAUUUUCGAACAUUAUUCAACCACUUACUAGUUUUAAAAAGAGUAAACUUCAAGAAAGGGGGCGAGCCGACAGUGUUGAACAAUAAAAUACUCUGAAGGAUAUUGUUGAUGUCGAGAUGAUACAGGUGAGGUAAGGUAAGACAAGUGUGUGAUACGGCCUUAGAAAAAUAGCCAUUGAUGCCAGGUUGAUAUUUAUUUCACCUAUGAAUCUCCUGUUUUCCAUUGUGAGGUUUUUUUUCUUCAACCUCGAAAAUUAUCAGCAUUUUAAUCAAAGAGGUUUUUCAAAAGUGCAUGUAGAGCCACCAAAUGGUUUGAACUUACUUUUUCGUAUCACCAGAGCUCGCGCAGAAAAAGUAACUUUCAACGAUCAUCUCAUUCAGAAAUUUCAAAAUUGGACAAAGAUUUGAAGAGUUAUCAAAUUUUACGACCUUCGUAGAGGUUAUUAGUGGAGUUGGCGUUUCUGACAGGUAAGCUGGCAUAUAGUUCCAAACUCAGCCACUAGAGUCCAGUUUUUCAACUCAAGGUCAAAAUUUAUGACAAUUUAUGCACUUGACUAGCCUUACCUCUAUAGAUUUAUUUUUUGGAUAAUUUUUCAGACAUUUUAUUGACAUAUUUGAUGUCCCUUGAAGUAUUGGAAACAUUAUAGGGGAUGUUUUAUUGUGAUAUCUCUGAAGUAGAGAAUACUCAUCACUUGAAUUUCUAUAUAUAGGGGGGUCUGCUCAAGAUUGCACCAUAUAGAAAAAUUUUAUCAAUUUGCCAAAAAAAAUUUGUUAUGUUGCGUAAAAAAGUUCUGCAUGGUUUUAAGCCUAAAAUGGAACCAUCAGAUAUUAAAGUUUUCCAGUCGUAUACGAGAUUUGUCAAAAAAUAUCAAUUUUAUCCAAGUAAAGUAAAUAUAUUUUUGAUAAUUUCGUAAAAUUUUAUCUGUUAUCUAUUUAUUUGUUAAAAAUUUGAUAGCUUUUACGUCUCUUAACUUCUGUGUUGCGUUAUUUUGCUUUUACAAUACAGGUUUCCAUUCUAGAAAGAAAUUCUCUCACUACAUUCCUAAUUAUAAUUGAAGUUAUUCCCUGAAUUGUUUCCAUAAUAAUUGUUUUCAAAUGAUCUAUGUUUGUGAAUGAGCUGUGUUGAUAUACCUUUUCUCUCAAGUAACCCUAGAAGAAAAAAUUAAUGGGGUGAAAUCUGGCGACCUAGCUGGCCAAAAAAUAUUGGAAUAUCUAUAAAUUAUCCUUAAUUCCAAGGUAUUGCCUUGCUUUCAUCGUACUAUGAUAUGUUGCACCGUCUUACUGGUACCAUACCUGUUGCCAUUCAUGUUACAGGAGAAUCACAUAAUCGACAAUUUUCCUAGACAAAAAAAUAUUGUCUUCUAGCUGUCCUCGGAUAAGAAAACAAAAUUCGAGUUGUCUAUAGGAGUCUCCAGGUUUUAUUGCAUGGAUAUACUGUGGUUUAUACGGAUGAAAAUUGUUCUGUAUGAAAAUUUUUGAUAUUGUAUCUCGAACAAUGUUAUCUGGAAGAGAAAAAGCAGAUACAUUUGCAUUGUUAUUGUAGAUAAAAAGAAAUUAAGAUUGUUUUCAUGUAAUUGGAUGUAAUUGCAUAUUUCAACGUCAUUCUUAGUUCUGAUAAACUUUCCUCAAUAACAAUUUUCGGUAUUUU